AUGAGAGGACGCUUCUCUAUCGAGUGGAUGGCUCAGAGCAGCCUCCAAGCAGGCAGCACGCGCUCCGAGAGCCUGCCCGGGUUCUACUGCAGACAGAAGCCCGAGCCCGCAGCCGACCCGGCCCAGGGAGUGGGGAACCAGACCCAGGCCCCGGAUGUGUGCAGCAUGGCCUCUUUGCAGCAGCAGACCCCCCUCAGUCACCAAGAAGUGACCUCAUUUACUCAUACGCUGCUGAGCGAUCCCCAAGACCAAGCGCUGGGCCUGGAGUUGAUUGGAUAUGUGAAAGCUCAGGGUUUUUUUCCUUUGAUUUCAACUAUUCCAGAGGCCGAAUUCAACAGUGGCACAGAGGAGGAGACGUCUGGGUACGAGAGCGAAGGCGGUCAGUCCCCGUCGCCCUCAGCCCUGGCUAGCUGCACCUCCUCACCCCUGCUGUCCCCCUCGCCCCCCCCGCCGGGCAGGAGGCCUCGCACGGCCUUCACAGCGGAGCAGAUCAGUAGCCUGGAGCUGGCGUUCAAGAGGAACGCUUACCUUGGAACGCAGGAAAAGGCCGAUCUAUGCAAGCAGCUCAGCCUCUCUGACAAACAGAUCAGAAACUGGUUUCAGAACAGGCGGAUGAAGAUGAAGAGGACGGUGCAGGACGCCUUGGCUCACGCGUGCCAGGCCAACGUGGCCUUCCAGUUCAUGCGCUACCCCCAGCUGCAGGCGUACAGGCCGGGCUGCUACCCCGGGUACCACUCAACAGCAGCCGAGGGCUCCACGCCAGCUCCCUACUUCCGCCCGCCCAGCGUGCAGUACAGCGCCGCUCUGCCCGUCCCCACAGUGCCCCUGGACUCCUUCUACCAGUACGGCAGCUCCCCAGAAGUGAUGCUGCCCCCCACAACAACUCCACUCAUGGGAUCUUACCCAAGCUAUCCCCAGUACUACUCACACUGCCAGUGAAGAAAUCCUCAAGAGCUGAUGCUUGCUGUGAAACACAGUGAGCCUGUAUGUUGUCAUCUGAUCCUAAUAGGAUCACUGCUGAAAAACUUGAACCGUUAUA